CGGGCAAUAUGGCAGCCGUAUUACCGACUACACUAGAUAUAUGACAAAAUCCUGCAAAUUGCGGGCCUUGGAUGCAAUUGUUGAAAGUCGAGCGCUCAUCAAAGAAAACAGCAUUUCCAUGUCCGAAGGUUGUCCAAACCCAGAAUGCGUUCCCAUUGUAGACGCGUCGAUCAAGCUGAGGGACGGAAGUAUUUUGGAGGUAACCAAGGAUGAGAUGAAGGCCGCGCUACAGUACGGAGAAACUGCUGGGAAACCAACACUGAGGAAAUGGCUGACGGAGUUCCAAAGACGCGUACACAAUCCGCCGACAAUGGACGAACGCGGUCUACCAAGCAGUAUGGACCUCAUCAUAACGUCGGGGUGUUCGGAAAGCAUAGAUCAGACUGUGGAUGCUAUCGUCGAAGAAGGCGAUGCUGUAAUAACAGAGGAGUAUCUGUUUCCAUUAAUAUUUCUAAACACCCAAACCAAUGGAGGACGAAUAAUUACAGUGAAAACGGACAGGCAAGGGAUGAGUUCGUCAGAUCUGGACCAAUUAAUGAGCACCUGGAACGAACUGACAGACGGAAAACGUCCCAAGGUUCUCUACUGCAUUUCCUCUGGAUCCAACCCAGUGGGAAUCACAUGUUCUCUGGCAAGAAAACAAGAGAUUUACCAGAUUGCCCACAAAUACGAUUUACUCAUCAUGGAGGACGAUCCUUACUACCUGCUGCAAUUUAACAAGCCAAACGUAGCUUCCUUUUUGUCGCUGGAUGUGGAUGGACGAGUUAUUCGUUUCGACUCAUUUUCAAAGAUCAUCACAUCCGGUGCCCGACUGGGUUAUAUCAGUGGUCCUAAACAGCUGCUGGACAAACUUGUCUUACACAUGAGUUCUUCAACUUCAAGUGCCAGCUGCCUAGUACAGAUAUUUGUUCUCAAGCUUCUGGAAUACCUCGGACAUGAUGGGUACUUGAGACACGGAGAUGACGUCAGCAGUCUGUAUCAUAAGAACGCCAUCAGUGCUCACGAGAUCGCGAAAAAACACCUCGAAGGUCUUGCCGAGUGGUCUAUGCCAGACGGUGGAAUAUUUAUCUGGCUUCGAAUUCUAGGAAUCCAGGACUGUUCUAGAAUAAUAGCCAACACAGCAGAGAAAGGUGUUGCAAUCCUUGGUGGAUCUGCACUUACGCCAGAUAAAAGAAAAUCAAACUGUCUACGGAUUUCCUUCUCAGAUCAGUCGAAAGAAAAUUUUGAAAAGGGUUUUGCUAUCUUAGCUUCAGCAAUAAAAGAAGAACAUGAUCGCAUGAAGUGAAGAUAUUCCUGUGACACGUUUAAAGAAAGUUUGUGCUAUCCUAGAAACACUUAUCAACCCACGGUGAUCCGAGGCAAAGCACUCGCAAUCGCUCGCCAGAAUAUAUAUAUAUAUAUAUAUAUAUAUAUAUAUAUAUAUAUAUAUAUAUAUUGUAUUUUUAAUUUUUUUUAUUUGAUUUUGUAUUUGUUGUUUUUGUUGA